CCAUUAAUAAAUCUGACUUAGCCAAAAGGGACUUUGGACAUAUGUAAAAGUGGAGUAAGAUGUAAGUGUAAUGAUAAAUCUGGUCCAUUGUUUUUAGCUGCUAUUUUGGAGGACUUGCUCAGACUGGGAGACAUUUACAUUCUACACUUUGAUGAGAUGCAUCACGGUCCCAAAAUCAGGAAAUAAUGUAUUUUUCUGCCUAUAAGACGCACUUCUAUUUAUUUAAAUAACAGGAAAGAGUUACCGUAAUCUGGGAUACAAAAUUCAAGCAUCAAAAAGUAUUUGCACCCCUUCUGGAUGUCAAAAAUGAAACAUUUAUCACUUUGGAUAGUUUCCAAUUAGAGAUGAGUGAAUUUCAUAUUUUGAAAUUCGUUCACGCUUCGUUUACUGGUAAAAGGUGAAUUGCGUUAUGGAUUCCGUUACCACGGACCAUAACGCAAUUCUAUGACGGAAUGCCUUUAGAGACAUUCCGUUAUUCAUUCCAUCAUAAUAGAAGUCUAUGGCCAGCAUAACGGAUCCGUCCCGUUUCUGUUACGCAGGAGAAGGAUAACUUCCUAUAGAACUGGAGGUCCAGUAUAGUGCAAAGACCAUUGACCCAUAAUUCUGCUGGGUGCAUGAGAUCUGACCACCCUCAGCCAAUACAAUGCAAAACACAGUUCCAAGUUUGGGUUCUAAUCCACUAAGUAAUACUACAGUUCUGCUCUUUCCUACACCUCAUUUAUCUUUGCCCUUCAUUCUGCAAAUGACUGAGUACUAUUAUCCUCACUUAUCAGAACUUCCCACUUACAUUUCCAAGUCUUCUUCCAUGCAGCACCCAGUGAGCCAGGAUCAAAGGUUGAAUGAAUGAUCAAGACGUAGACCAUGCCCAUAUCACGUGUAUAAAAGCAACCUGCCGUGUGUACAGAGCACUUUUGUAUUUUCCUAGGUGGAUAACAUCAGGCAUGGCGUUUGUUUCAGCACUUGGUUACCAGCCGGUUUACAACCCGACUAUUCCUUUCAGGAACCCAAUUUAUGGCGGUGUGCGGCCUGGCAUGUCGGUUUACAUUCAGGGUUCGAUCCCUCAUCAUGCUAACGGGUUCUGUGUGAACUUUGCGUGUGGUCUUUACGAGGGAGCAGACAUUGCUUUCCACUUUAAUCCCCGCUUCCAAGGGAAGGACAAGGUGGUGUUUAACAGUUUUGAUUCUGGAUCAUGGAGAGGUGAAGAGAAAAAGAAAGAUGGUUUCCCCUUUCACAAAGGCGGGUACUUUGAAUUGGUGUUUUUUAUCAAUCCUGGAAGCUACCAGGUGAACGUAAAUGGUUCUUACUUCUACGAGUUCAGUCAUAGAAUUCCUCUAGAGAGGGUGGAGUCUGUUCAUGUAGAUGGAGAUGUCAUUAUCCAAUCUUUGAGCGUUGUUGGAGGAGCAGCAGGUGGGGGCCCAAUUGUUACUCCCGAGGUGAUGCCAUUGCAUGGAUAUCCAUCAAUGACCCUGCCUGCAAUGGGUGGACCCACCUAUAACCCGCCUGUUCCUUACUAUGCAAACAUACCUGGAGGAGUAACACCAAAGAGGACCUUUGUGAUCAGAGGGUUCAUGCCAAUGGGAGGCCAAAGUUUCCACAUAAAUUUUGCGACAUCAAGUGGUGACAUAGCUUUACACUUUAAUGUUCGCCUAAAUGAGUUAACAGUGGUGCGAAACAGCAAAAUUGGGGGCGAUUGGGGUGGUGAAGAGAGGGACAUGACUGACAACCCCUUUGUGCCAGGGCAGUAUUUUGAUAUCUCUGUCCGGACCGGCAAUGGGCGAUACAAGGUCUUUGUGAAUGGACAACCCUUCUGCGAGUAUUUUCACCGCUUCCCAGCCCUGCAAAUGAUUGACACCCUGGAGAUUGGAGGAGAUGUGGUGCUCUCACUUGUACAGUUUUAAAUACCUCCAAUUGUGCCCUAAGGUGGAGAGCAAAAUUAAUUCUGGUCUAUGUUAAAAGGGACAGAUACCCAGGUCAAAGAUUCUA